GUUUAUCAGCUGUUAUAUACCCGGCUCAGCUGCAGACGGUGACAGAGCUGUCAUCAUCUUUCAACUUGCAAGACUUCACAAUAAUAGGCCUAUCUACUGAAAAGAUAUCUAUCAUGGAACUCACUAUAACACUGUUGAAUGGGGACUCACAUCCCCUGACGGUUCAGCCACACACCACCGUGGGGUCUCUCAAGAGUCUGAUCAACCAACACUUUGGAGUGGCCAUAGAAAGGCAGAGGCUGUCAGGUGUCAAUGGGAACAACAUCAGUCUCAGCGAUGAUUCAAAAACUUUGAGUGACUAUGGCCUGCAUUCAGGAUCCAAAGUGAUGGUGCUGAUUACAGAACCCACUCAUAUCCAGGUGUUCCUGAAAAACGAAAAGGGCCAGACGCACACAUAUGAGGUGGUGUCAGGUGAGACUGUAACCCAGUUCAAAGCCAAGGUCCAAAACAAGGAGGGAGUCCCAGCCGACCAACAGAGGCUGAUCCACGAGGGCAAGCAGCUCGAUGAUGGCAAGAAACUGGAAGACUAUGGUGUCAGAAAUCUAAGCACUAUUCACCUGACGCUCCGUCUAAGGGGAGGCUGAAGACACCCAGUAUCGACCUGAAACCACCUGAAGCCCUUAACUUAUUAUGCAUUCCAUGUCUGUAGAGAAAAAGCUCGUCCAGAAAUGAUCAUUGUUAUAUAACAUUUGUAUUAAAUUGUAAACUUUAAAUUAAGCAUUGCUGAUAUAGGCUUACUGUAUGUUAAAAUAAUGUGAAUUAGAUUGUAAUCAAGUAAUAAACAAAUAUAAAACUCAA